AAUGCCCAGGAGAUGUUGAUUUUCAUAAUAGUGACUGGGACAUUAAGACAAUCACCAGUUCCUUGAAAUUCUACCUCAGGAAUCUUUCUGAACCUGUCAUGACCUAUAGGCUUCACAAAGAGCUGGUCUCUGCUGCCAAGUCUGAUAACCUGGAUUACCGCCUAGGAGCUAUUCACUCCCUGGUAUACAAGCUACCAGAAAAGAACCGAGAGAUGCUGGAACUUCUGAUAAGACAUUUGGUCAAUGUGUGUGAGCACAGCAAAGAGAAUCUUAUGACCCCCUCCAACAUGGGAGUGAUCUUUGGGCCCACCCUGAUGAGAGCUCAGGAGGACACUGUGGCCGCCAUGAUGAACAUCAAAUUCCAGAACAUAGUGGUGGAAAUACUAAUCGAGCACUUUGGCAAGAUCUAUUUAGGUCCACCUGAGGAAAGCGCUGCACCUCCAGUGCCUCCGCCUCGGGUGACAGCAAGAAGGCACAAACCAAUCACGAUUUCAAAGCGCUUGCUGCGAGAAAGGACGGUUUUCUAUACUUCUUCCCUGGAUGAAAGCGAAGAUGAAAUCCAACAUCAAACACUGAAUGGUACUAUCACCAGCAGCAUAGAAACCCCCAAGCCACCACAACACCCCAAACUACCUAUUCAGAGGAGUGGGGAAACUGAUCCUGGGAGGAAGUCCCCAAGCAGGCCUAUUUCGGAUGGCAAGUUGGAGCCCUGCCCAGAGGUGGAUGUGGGGAAGUUGGUGUCUAGGCUACAGGAUGGAGGGACCAAGAUUACCCCAAAGGCCACCAAUGGACCCAUGCCAGGCUCUGGGCCCACCAAGACCCCCUCUUUCCACAUAAAGAGACCAGCUCCCCGGCCCCUGGCCCAUCACAAGGAGGGGGAUGCUGACAGUUUCAGCAAAGUGCGGCCUCCAGGAGAAAAGCCAACCAUCAUCCGCCCCCCAGUGAGGCCCCCAGAUCCUCCCUGCCGGGCAGCUACUCCCCAAAAGCCAGAACCAAAGCCAGAUAUUGUGGCUGGCAAUGCAGGGGAAAUCACAUCAUCUGUGGUGGCUUCCAGGACUAGGUUUUUUGAAACAGCUUCCCGGAAAACAGGAAGUUCUCAAGGCAGACUUCCUGGAGAUGAAAGUUGAGGCUACAGGUUUUAAAAGCCUUGGCCUCACAGGACCCUUUGCAGGUUCUGAAACAGUCUUUCUUCUUCAAACCUUUGUGUGUGGAGUCAUUUUGUGUUGAAGAGCAGCUCCUUCCUAGCUUUGCACUUUCAGGCUCUCUCUGGGAGACCAUAAAAUAAGGAGCAUGUGUCCUAGACAGUUGUUUAUAUCUCCUUUGUAUUCAGUCUUCAUCCCCUCAGAAGGUCUGUUUUGAUUUCCUGUAACACUGUGAAGAGCUGGACUUCCUCAAGCCAGACUCUGCCAAAACCAAGAUAUCCACUUACCUGAGUCGAAGAGGGGAGCUCAGUUUUCAACUCUACCCUGAACUUCCUGCUUCCUCAGAGGGCCAUUGAACUCUGAGAGUUUUGGGGGUAAAGACUGAUCUCAGGGGUCUUACCUUGAACUGAAGGCCACUUGAGUUGGGGCCAUUGCUUACCUUGGUUAGAGGGAAAUAGAAAUGUUUGCUGAACACUGGAGAAUCUCAACAUGUCUCCUACUGAGGAUAUGGACGCUGGUGCCAUGUUGGCGCUC